AUGGAUCACAACGAACAACAUCUCAAGCCACCUAUAUGUGCCACAGAAUCAUUGGUUCAUAACCCAAGGAUCAAUACACUUAACAAUCCAAGGAUCAAUACACUUAUUAAUCCAAGGAUCAAUACACUUAACAACCCAAGGAUCAAUACACUUAACAACCCAAGGAUCAAUACACUUAACAACCCAAGGAUCAAUACACUUAACAACCCAAGGAUCAAUACACUUAACAACCCAAGGAUCAAUACACUUAACAACCCAAGGAUCAAUACACUUAACAACCCAAGGAUCAAUACACUUAACAACCCAAGGAUCAAUACACUUAUUAAUCCAAGGAUCAAUACACUUAACAACCCAAGGAUCAAUAUACCUAACAACCCAAGGAUCAAUACACUUAACAACCCAAGGAUCAAUAUACCUAACAACCCAAGGAUCAAUACACUUAACAACCCAAGGAUCAAUAUACCUAACAACCCAAGGAUCAAUACACUUAACAAUCCAAGGAUCAAUACACUUAUUAAUCCAAGGAUCAAUACACUUAACAACCCAAGGAUCAAUACACUUAACAACCCAAGGAUCAAUACACUUAACAACCCAAGGAUCAAUACACUUAACAACCCAAGGAUCAAUACACUUAACAACCCAAGGAUCAAUACACUUAACAACCCAAGGAUCAAUACACUCAACAACCCAAGGAUCAAUACACUUAUUAAUCCAAGGAUCAAUACACUUAACAACCCAAGGAUCAAUAUACCUAACAACCCAAGGAUCAAUACACUUAACAACCCAAGGAUCAAUAUACCUAACAACCCAAGGAUCAAUACACUUAACAACCCAAGGAUCAAUAUACCUAACAACCCAAGGAUUAAUACACUUAACAACCCAAGGAUCAAUAUACCUAACAACCCAAGGAUCAAUACACUUAACAACCCAAGGAUCAAUACACUUAACAACCCAAGGAUCAAUACACUUAACAACCCAAGGAUCAAUACACUUAACAACCCAAGGAUCAAUACACUUAACAACCCAAGGAUCAAUACACUUAACAACCCAAGGAUCAAUACACUUAACCCAAGGAUCAAUACACUUAACAACCCAAGGAUCAAUACACUUAACCCAAGGAUCAAUACACUUAACAACCCAGGGAACAAUACACUUAACACAAGUAGCCUGAUAUUAGGAACAUAA